AGGCGGUUCCGCCGACUGCUGUGUACGCGGCGCCGAGUCCCCGCGGGCCCGCUCGACUCCGCAGCGCCGCAGGCCCCGGCCCCGACCCCGUGCGGCCCGAACAUGGACUCCGCAGGCCAAGAUAUCAACCUGAAUUCUCCUAACAAAGGUCUGCUGGCCGACUCCAUGACAGAUGUCCCUGUCGACACCGCGGUGGCUGCCCAGACUCCUGCUGUCGAGGGUCUGACUGAGGCUGAGGAGGAGGAGCUUAGGGCUGAGCUUGCAAAGGUGGAAGAGGAAAUUGUCACUUUGCGCCAGGUCCUGGCGGCCAAGGAGAGGCACUGUGCAGAGCUGAAAAGGAAGCUGGGCCUCUCUGCCUUGGAGGGCCUGAAGCAGAACCUGUCCAGGAGCUGGCAUGACGUGCAGGUCUCUAACGCCUAUGUGCAAACCUCUGAGAAACUUGGAGAGUGGAAUGAGAAAGUGACCCAGUCAGACCUCUACAAGAAGACUCAAGAAACUCUCUCCCAGGCGGGACAGAAGACGUCGGCUGCCCUGUCCACCGUGGGCUCCGCCAUUAGCAGAAAGCUCGGGGACAUGAGGGCUCGUCCGUUCUCACACUCCUUUAGCAGCUCUUCAAUCCGCCACUCCAUAAGUAUGCCGGCCAUGAGGAAUUCUGCCACCUUCAAGUCGUUUGAAGAGCGAGUUGGGAACAUAAAGUCUAAGGUUGUCGGUGGCAGAGAGAACGGCACUGAGAACCUGCCCUCCCCGACCGGGAGUGGCUCCAAGCCCCUGCCCGAUCCCACGCCUUUCUAAGCCCGUCCCAGCUUUGCCCGGCCAUGGAGAAGUGCAAGCCCGUCCUCACCGUCACAGCCGCGACGCUGCAGCGGAGCAGCCCGUCAGACCUCACGUGGAUGCACCCAGCUGGCUUUGAGGGGGUCCUGCCGUUCCCAUGUAGACGUGGCUGCUGUGUUCGCAUGAGUUCUGCAGAACGCGGUCUUGUACGCAGAUGCUUUCCACUGAAGUUGGUAGAUGCAGACCCCUGUGCCGUCCUUCCUGGGAUGCAGGGAGUAGACAGGACAGUGGGCCCUUUGGCGGUCUUGUUAGUUCGCGAGAACGUGGAAGGAACGGGAGCGUGAUAAGCAUAAAAUAAAGUGGUAUCUCCUCAGCCUCCCCUUUCGUGACUUAUAGAAGGAAUCUGCGGAAGAAAGAUUCAUCCAGAAAGUCCUCUGAUCUCCAGUUUUUAUUUCAAAUGCUAAAUGAGAAAACUCUCCAUUUUUUGAAACCCUCUAGCAAGAAACUGGUUAUCAACAGCCGCCUAAUUCUUACACUAAUGAUCUAACUUUAACGAAUGCAAAUUCUUUAUUUUUUAAAUGCAGCGAAUUUUUCGACAAUUUAAGCCCAGCGAAGCAGCUUUAGUCUCCGUUAGAAAACACUAUUUCUUUGGACUCAAGCUGACAUACAAGCCUUACAUCGCAAUAUGCUUUAUUUGUUUAUAAUGUUUUUUAUAUGAAAAUAAGGGUUCUUCAGUGGGUUUUGAGCGUUAUGUAGACUUCUGCAUCUAGCCCGAAGGGCAGCAUGCUUGGACUGUUGGUGUGUUUUGUGCAGCUGAUGCCCUGCAUUCCGGUGUGUGAAGCUUGCUUCUCUCUCCUCAAGGACUGGGGUAGCUCCUGCCAGUCAGAGGGCUCUGGGCCUCGAGGGGUGGAGGUGGGGGUGGGCAGGAGAGGCAGAAGCCAGCACCCUCCACAGACGGCUCGGCUCCAACGUGCCCGUUUGCUGCACCCUGGGGACAAGGGAAAAGCAGAUGGGCCCUGCAUCGGGUCGGCUGGGACUCUGCUUUCGCCUUUUCUCAGGAGCUGCAAAGAUCUCAUUCCCGUUCUGAAGCUGCCACACCCCAGCAGCCUUGUGGUCAGGGCCCCACGCAUGGGGUGUGUCUGGAGGGGCAGCUCCGUGCCUUAUUGGCUCCCAGCAGGCCGAGAGCGCUCCUGUGCACGUGCAGAGUCCACUCCGGGAGACCGUGGUGUCCUCUGGCAAGCCGAGCGUCCGCCGGUCACUUCAGACACCCUGGGUGGACUGCGGUCUGUGCUGGCGCCAUGGGAGGAACAGCAUUCGGUGUUUUUUCUUCAGGGUUAGAGUCACGGAUGGGGUGUGGUGAGAAAGCAGGACACAACCGUAGUAACGGAUUCAUCUUUUCCUUCAAGUGGAUAAUGGGGAAAUUGUCAAUAAAGCAUUCCUUUGGGGAAGAACCCA